AUGUGUGAAGACGAAUCCUAUAUUAAAGAGAUCUUUAAGGGAAUUGGAAACGUUUAAGCAAUCAAAUUUAUACAUAUUGACAAGUAAGAAAACAUCUAUAAUAGACAAAAACAUAUGGCAUUAGUAAGAUUAUCAUCAUUAGAAGAAGCAUUGAAUGGAGCAGCUUUACUUCAUGGCAAAGAAGUGAUGGGCAGAAAGAUCAAUGUUUCAUUUACCAAAAGUAAAUUAUGCUGA